CGAAAAAGAAGAAGAAGUGGAAGGGCCACCAAAACGAAGAAAACGCAAAACGAAAAUUGGACAACAAAGCAAAAAGAUCAUAAUAUUCCACGUAAAACGCAUAGGAAUCAGCCAAAACGGAGGCGCGCAGGCUAGCGGAGAUCGCGGCGAUGGAGAAGAAGGCCAAGGAGUCGCUGCGCCGCUACAAGAAGGCCGCCCGCCACAGUGCGACGCACUCAAGCAGUUCGGACUCCACUUCGGAUUCGGACAGCGGUAGCAGCUCUUACAGCAGCUCCGAUAGCGAGCAGGGUGUGGGCGUAGGCGGCAGCGGCGGUGGCGGUGUGGGCGGACCCGGCGGCGUGGGCGGCCCCGGUGGCAGCGGUAUCCACGGCCAUGGCCCACAUCCCCAUGGCCAUGGCCAUCAUCCGCGAUCCGCGGAGCGCCAUCAUCGCAAGAAGAAGAGCUCACGGCGUGGGGGCAGCUCCUCCGGCGAGGAGACAUCGCGGCGCAAGCGGGACAAGCGAGAUCACGUGCAAAAGAAACUGGUGGCCAAGCGGAAUCACAUCAAGCGCAAGCUAAAGGAGGCGCGUCUGAAGAAGAGGGCCGCCGCCGCCCUGAGCGGCCAUGUCCAUCGCUCCCUGUCGCCCACCACCCGCGCCAAGCUCAAGAAGCUGGCCGAGCGGAAGCGGCUGCGGGCCGCCAGCAAGGAGCAGCGCGAGCGGGACAAACUAAGGGCCGUCCAGCGGGACAGGGAGCGGGAUCACCAUCGCUUGGGCAGCAGCCGGAGUCCGCCGAGCAGCAGCACCACCACCACCACCAAGAUACGCAUCCACCAGGACAUCGUGGGCAAGCGGCAAAAGAGUCCAGGCUUGGGAUCAGGACUUGGAGGCGGAGGCAGCAGCUCGUCCUCGCGCAUGCACCACCAGCUGAUGUCGCGCGAGAAGAUCAUCAUACAGACGCGGGCACGCGGACGCACUCCGUCCCUGGAGCGGGAGCGGGAAAGGGAGCGUGAGCGAGAGCGGGAAAGGGAACGCGAACGCCAUGACCUGUCCUUGCGCGAACGAGAUCGCCGGGAUCGGGAACGCGAGCGAGCGGAGCGGGAGGCGGCCAGGGACAAGGAGCGCGCCGAGGCGUUGGCUCGCUGCCAGGAGCGUCAGCGGGAGCGGGAACGCUUGGCCCGCGAGAAACUGCGCCGUCAGGAGGAGGAGGAGGGCGGCAAGCGGGGCGGUCCUGGGCGCGACUUGGAUCUGCCGCCCUAUGGCAGUCGGGAGCGAUCACUGGACACCGUCGAACGGGAACGGGAGCGGGAACGAGAACGUGGCGGUCGCCAUGUGCGCGACAAACGGGAACUGGAUCCCUAUGAGCGGGAGCAGGAAUAUCUGGAGGAGCGACAUGGCCAUGGGCUGAUGGACGAGAUGCGAAGGUAUCGGCGCAGGGACCUUAGUCCACUGCCCGAUCACUAUGCGCCCAGGAUGCGGGAUCCCCGCGAAAUGUACUCCGAGGAGGAGCGAGAAAGAGCCUACAAGCGCGCCUAUCUGGAUGCCCGCUAUUCCUCGCGGGAACGUGAGGCCUGGCUGGAGGCCCGUGAGUUGCGAGAGCGGGAGCUGCAGGGACGCGAGUACCGCGACCUGGAGGCCGAGGAAGGGCUAUAUCCGGACGAGCGGGAGCGCCUGAUCCGCGACAGGGAGCGAGAUCGGGAGCGGGAACGCGACCGUGAGAGGGAGCGCAAUAUUGGACCGCGUGGCGACUUCCGUGCGGAAUGGGAGCGCGACUGGGACGAGGAGGGCGGCGGCGGUGGCGGCAGCGGUCCGGGCGGCGGUCCAAGUGGCACACCGGGUCGACCCAGUGGCUUUGUGGGCGGACCCAAGCGAGCCAAGCCACCAACACAUCCAGGCGGAGGAGCUCCGCCGCAGCAGCAGCAUCAUUCCGCCUCGGAGCCCGACUGGGAUGCCGACGAGCGGGAAAGGGAGCGGGAACGAGAGCGCGAGCGCGAUCGGGAACGCGAAAGGGAUCGCGAGGAGCGUCCGGAUGGAGGAGUUGGUGGCGUUGGCAACGACAGACCAUCGAUUAAAAACGAGCCCGCCUGGUUGGAGCACGAUCAGCGGGAGAAGCCGCGCGCCUGGCAGCAACAGCAGUCGUCCAACUCUGGCGGCGAUUGGCGGGAUAACGACGAUGCCCCGCCGCCAUCAGCUCAUCCACAUCCAGCCUCGCCACAUCACCAUGUGCACCCCAGAGGCGAACGAGGAUCGGGCCGUGGAUUCCGGCGCGGUGGCCACGGCGCACAUGGCGAUCAUGGCGAUCGACCCGGCGGCUACCGCUCGCAUCCGCCACCGCUGAUGACGUUGCCCGUGCAGCCACCAGGCGGCUAUUCGCGUGGAUUUCCCCACAAAAGGCUGCCCUACGGAGGCGGUGGCCGAGGUGAUGGCGGCGGAAUGGGCGCCAGAGAUGGCGGACUACCUGGCUCUGGCUCCGGAUCCGGCUCCAGCUCCGCUUUCCUCAAGAAGCACACACACGCCCCUUUGGUGUCGCCCACGCAGACGCCGCUCCUGAAUCCCCUGCUCAAUCCCGGCAAGCCGAAUGCAGCCGCUCAGGCGAGCGCCGUGGCUGCUGCAACCACCGCAGUGGCCGCGGCCAAGGCGGCGGCUCAAAGUGCCGCCAAUGCAACCACAAAUCCCGGAAUACUCGCUCAAGUGAGCAAACUGAACACGGUGUGCAUCAAGCAGGAAGAAGCCUCAGAGGAUUCGGCAGGCACUCCAGAGUUGGGUGCCCAGGACUCACCGGCUCAGAACCUGAACCAUUCGCUGACCUCCGAGGGCAAUCCUGUCAAGCUGGAGCCACUGCGCACCAGCGCCGCUGAGGGCGAGCUGAGCGAGAUUAGCGACAGCGACGACGACAUCCUGAACAAAACGGACAAAGUGCGACCCAAGAGCGAGUUGCCCACUGAAAUGGACCAGGAAAUGGACACCAAUGCCGAGGACGUCAAGAACGAGGGCCUCCAUGGCGUGGCCGGUGGUCAUCCGAUUAAGGGCGAGGAGGUGGACGAAGUUCUGGACUUUGAGGAGAUAUCCGAUGGCGAGCUGGAGGAGGAUGCUCGGCACAAAGGCAUUGGCGAUGCUUUGGGCGUGGACUGGCAGGGCUUGAUAGCGGAGACCCGCCAGCAGGCGUCCGAGGCUCAGGCGGCACAGCAGGGCGUCGACCGGGGCACCUCCGCCAAGCAGCGGUGGCAGCCACAUCGCGUCCUCCUCGACAUGGGCAUAUCGUUCGGGAUGGCGGGCGAGAGCUACGCCCGUCGCGUGAUGGAGGAGGCACGCCAGCAGUUGAUCCAGGAGAAGGAGCUGUGCCAGCUGCGCGAAAGGGAACGCGAUCUGGAUGGCGUUGGUGGGGACCAGGAUCAGCCAUCGCCGGCCAAGAUUGCCUCGCCGCUGCUCGACUACCGCGAAUUCCUGGCCAGUCCGCAGCAAUUGGAGCCACUGGCCUGCGUGCAGAUGGGUCUGCGCAAUGCGGCCGCCGAACGUCAACGAUUGGUGGGCAAUGUGUGUGGUCCGGGUAGUCGCGCCUUGAGUGCUCGCCAGGAUCUGCGACUGCGCCGCCAGCUGUGCGGUCUGCCCGCCAGAGAGUGCGAAUUUCCGCGCAGUGUGCCCCUCGUGGGCGACGGACUGCGCAAUUUGGCCAUGCAAAUGUUCCAGCGCAGUCUGCUGGACGUCAAAUGAGAUCCGAUGCCCGACGACGAGAUGGAGAGGCGGCAUUACCGCAAGCCACGUCACUAUCGACUUGACAUACAGAUCUUCAUGGGCGACCAGCAGACGAGAGGACGUGGGCGAAAGCAUUACUAGACGAUUGUUAGCAGUAAGCUUUUGAUUUGAUUUAAAAUACACCUUGAUGUGGAGGCAUCCUCUCUCUCCUAAUAUGAAAAUUGUGAAUAUCAACUGCAUAAAUAUAUAUGUUCUAAAUAAAAGUUAUGGUCGUAAAAGGCCCAAAGUGAA